AGACACACAAGACAUAUAUCGUGCACUUCAUUCCCAGAUUCGCGUGUGCACGAGGCUAUAUAGCAAAUAUCAGCGCAUAGGUAAUAAUGACGAGAUCGGUUUUAUGCUUGCUAGUGCUGGCUGGCUCGUUACUGACAGGAGUCAACGCCGGCUGCUCGAUUCAGAAUUACUGCUGGAGUACAGGCUGUACGGUCCAGGUCUACACGGACCCCUGGACGCCAAACGCCGUCGUGAGAUUCACGUUCACGAGCGACGACGCCACCGUUUCGCCGGACGAGAUAUGGAACGCGAUAUUUCUCUAUCAGAAUGGCAAGACGUACACCGUGCAGCUGGCAUCGUACUCGACGAAUCUCUGGGGCUUCAACGUCAGAGGUAUGAGCGAGAUCCCACGGGUAAACUGCGAUGGGAGCGCACCAGGAACACCGUCGCCAACGACACCGCAAACGACACCGCAGACGUCGGGUACAACGUCGCCCGGCAGCGGUAUCCUGCUUCCGAAUCUACGCCUCCAGUCGAGCUUCAGUCGCAUGAUCGAGUUCAUGAACACCCUCACUACGAUCGUCGACAGCGCCUCUAGCGCCCGAGCCGUCCACAGUAGCGGUGGCGCUGCCGACGGUGUCGUCUCCGAGGGUCAGGGCUACGGACUUCUCAUCGCCGCAUCAGUUGCCGCCACGACGUCGGACGACGAACGCGAGAUGGCGCUCAAUUACGCCUUCGAGAUAUUCCGCGGCUGGAAGAGAAUGUGCGAGCUGACGGACCAGGAUAGUUGUCAGGGUGGCGGCUACAUCUGCGAGGGUAACCCCUGCCUGCCCAACUGGAAGUUCACCGACAACAUCGCGAGAGCGCUUGGCACCGGUGCGGCGGCGGAUGGAGACGCGGACAGCAUAUUGGGAAUGAUCAUCAUGGUGGAGACAUCUGUCGGCGAGGUACGCCCGUGGUGGAACGAGGUCGCGAGCUGGGCUUACCAGAGCUGCAAGGCUUUCAUGGAUUUCAACACGAUACUAAAUACGUCCGGAACGAAGAGGAUUCUGCGAAUUGGUAGCUGCUGGGGAGGUUGGGACUGCGCGAAUCCGUCCAUCUACGCACCGGCGCACUACCGCGUGUUCAGAGAUUACAUGUUGAAGUACGCCAGCACAUACGCCACGGCAAGCGAAGGACUCGAUUACAGGACCAAGUGGAAUGACCUCAUCAACACCGUCUACCUCGUCUUAGAAGCAAACCAGUGUCCUUCGACCGGACUGACGACCAACUGGUUCGUUCCGUUUAGGUCCGACCCAUCUAGCGGUGGAUCCACUAUCUGCUCCGGAAGCGGAACACCGGCGGCCGAGUUCGGCUCUGAGGCUUCGCGCAGCAUUUGGCGAGUCGCUCUCGAUGUCUUCUGGUUCCCGGAGGAAGCGACGCAGGGUGUCGGUGCCGCCACCUACUCGGCGCGCGUCGCCAACCAGGUCAUAUCGAAGAUGAAGACGACCGACAGCAGCUGUCUCUCCACGCACUGCGUCGGCAACCUGGACACGGGAUGCUUCGUCACGUCGGUCAUGUCUAACUGGCUGGACAAUGCCUUCAUGUACGGGCCGACGUUCUCGUCGCUGCUGCCGCUGCUCGUCGGCGGAGAAGCGGCCGACCAGCAGCGCGUGCUUGACCUCGCAGCUACGAAGGUCGACUCGCAGGGCAUCAGCGAUUACUACAGCGGUAGUUGGACGGCGCUUGCCACGCUCACGCUGUCUGGCGAUCUGGCUGCUCUGAAACCCCUGCUCACCGGUUUGAUCUAAAUUACGGCAACACCUCAGUGGCUAUAUCAUAUAUCGUAUUGC